CGUCGUUGUAAGCACUGCUUCUGCCACCGCCGGCGACGAUGACACGGCGAAGAUGCCGGUCUUGCCUUUCGAUGGAACCGGUGCGAUCACUGCAGACGCUGUGCUUCCCGACAGUAGUAGUUCUAAACCCCCAGCACCGCCCUUCAAAGAAAUCCUCAUCGCCACCCUUCACGACUACUUCGUGCAGUUCCACGCUUUGUACCUGAAAUCCUUCCUGACCAUCCGCAAUUCCCCGUCCGUUCUGUGCAGCAUCUGGUUAAUCCCCAUUCUCUUCCUGUUUCUGCUAGAAGGGGUCCGACUCCUGCAAAAACAACCUCUAACCAUCCAGACCUUCGACGAUGCGGUCAAUGCGGGGAAGAACAGACUCUCCGGGAACACGUUUCCCGAUUGCAUGUAUUUCGACCAGUACUACGCAGACUUCCAGCGGCACCAGGAAAUGUACCCCUG